AUGGUCGUUGCCGCCGUGGCCAUUCAGAUUGAUCACGUGGUGUCCAGUUAUCUAAGCGCGGGAAAUUUUAACAAUAAAAACUGUGUGUUCGACUUUCAAACGCGCCCCAAUUCGAAAUGGGGUUCUUUUCGCUCGCCAAAUCACCCCAACCACUAUCCCAAUCCGAUCACGUGCGUCUACUACUUCCGGUCCUAUCCAUGGGAGCGUGUGGUCAUUGAAUUUGUGGAAUUUGACCUAGAUUUCAGUCAUGGAGACGCGUUCAAUCCCGAUAAGUGCGAUUUUGCAGACACUUUGCUAAUUGAGACCCAACAACAAACAAUGCAACAAAACUCCAAACAACAACAAUACAACCGAAUUGGCAUAUACUGUGGCAAGAAACUACCUCCGCGAACAAUGUCUUCGGGGUCUAAUAUGCGUUUGACCUUCACCUCUGGCACCUUUAGGUUCAUGAACUCUAGAGGGUUCUACGCCAAAUAUGAAUUUGUCAACGAUUUUAAAGUGAAUUCGCUGCCAAUGGUUCAAGACCGAAACAAUGAAUGCAAAUUCUACUACUCAAGCUUCCAAGCCGAAGCAUCAACAAACAUCGCCACAAUCAGUCACAGCAACAACAACCAGCUAAGCAGCUACCACAGCUACUACCAGCAGUUGCAGCAGCAGCAGUCACAGCUUAGCAGCCGCAACAAGGGAUACUUCACUAGUCCCAAUUACCCUGGAUUGUAUCCUAAAAACACUACGUGUUUUUAUUACUUCAGGACGGAUCCGUUGAAGGCCGUCGUUUUCAACUUCAAACAUUUUGAAGUCGAUGAUAAAUCUCUGACGUUUGAGAAAAAUGUUUCAGCAUGCAACAAAAAAAACAAACAAGCAUGA